AUGAAUCCUUUAUUAGAAUAUAAAAGAAUUAAAGAAGCUCUUUCAAAUUCUAGCAAUAAAAAUACUUUUCAUCAAAAAAAAGAUAUAAUUAUCAACAAGGAUAAGAACAACAUUGUCAGAGACAAAAAAAUAAUUGAAAAUAAGUAUAAUAAGCCUUUAAAACAUGAGAAUAAUAAAUUCAAAAGAGAUAAUAUAGAAUAUAUUAAAUAUAAAACUAAAGAUUUUGUUAUAAAUAAAGAACAUACAAGAAAUAAUUAUGAAGAAGAAGAAUAUACUCUUUUGAUUCCUGAGGAUGAUACAAUUAACAAAAAUAAAAUUAAUCAAACUAAAUAUGAAUAUUGUUAUAUUUGUGAUGCGACCAAACCUUGUGAAUGUCUAGAUAAUUAUUGUCCCUACGAAGAUAAUAAUUGGAAGUGCACAACCCUCAAGUCAAAUAUUCAUUCCAACUUAAAAGAAAUAUCAAAUAUUAUAGAAAAUAUUCAGACUAACAAAAGGAAAAACGAAAAUCCUAUAAAAGCCAUCACUAAAAAAAAUACAAUAAAAAAUAAUCAAACUAUUAUGAAAUAUAAAGAUAAGAACAAGGAAAUUAAUAAACCUAUGAGUGCAUAUGAAAA